AACAAUAACAAAAAAACAUUGAUGUAACUUUUUACUUGUAAAAUUAUACAUGUGUUUUAUAUAAAAGUUCAUAUUCAAUUGUAGUGUAUUGUAUAACUUUUUUUAUACAUAUGUUCUCAAUGAGUUUGUUCGUUGUUGUAUCGUUAUGGAGCUACAAUCAUUAUUAUUAUUGAAAGUUUCAUAUUUUGGAAGGUGACAUAUUUGAUGUCCAAGUAUGAAUUACACAUGGGUGCUACUUUGCGUGGCCCCUAUUUUAACAUGGGACAUUGGCGUCAUGGCCUCAAAAAUAGAACUUGGCGAUGGUCAAAUUAAUCCAUUUGUAGAUUUCCAAUGGAAUAAUCACCCAUAUAGAUUCACAGAGGGAAAAUCUGAUAAAGAAAUUUUAGAUGAUUUACUGCUGGGGACCCGUUACGACAAACGUCUGUUGCCGCCAGUAUCAGGAACGUUGACUGUAAAUGUUAGUGUAUUGUUACUAAGUUUAGCAUCACCAGAUGAAUCUAGUUUGAAAUAUGAAGUAGAAUUUUUAUUACAACAGCAAUGGUUUGAUCCACGAAUACAAUAUCAUAAUGAAUCAAUUUAUGAUUAUUUAAAUGCAAUCCAUCAUCACAAUGAUAUUUGGUUGCCAGAUACAUAUUUUAUAAUGCAUGGUGAUUUUAAAGAUCCAUUAAUACCAGUACAUUUCGCAUUACGAAUUUAUCGUAAUGGUACUGUUAAUUAUUUAAUGCGACGGCAUCUAAUCUUAUCCUGCCAAGGUCGUCUUAAUAUAUUUCCAUUUGAUGAUCCGUUAUGUUCCUUCGCAAUGGAAAGUAUAUCGUAUGAACAAACUGCAAUAACGUACGUAUGGAAAAAUGACGAAGAUACGCUGAGAAAAUCACCGAGUUUAACAACAUUGAAUGCAUAUCUUAUUCACAAUCAAACUACUGAAUGUCCAAUAAAAGCUAGCUGGCGAGGUAAUUAUAGUUGUUUAAAAGUGGAUUUAAUAUUUACUAGAGAUCGAGCAUUUUAUUUUACAACAGUAUUUAUACCUGGUAUUAUAUUAGUGACGUCAUCAUUUAUUACAUUUUGGUUAGAAUGGAAUGCAGUGCCUGCACGAGUUAUGAUUGGUGUAACAACAAUGCUCAAUUUUUUCACAACAUCAAAUGGUUUCCGUUCAACAUUACCAGUAGUCUCAAAUUUAACAGCAAUGAAUGUUUGGGACGGUGUUUGUAUGUGUUUUAUUUACGCAUCGUUAUUAGAAUUUGUUUGUGUCAACUAUGUGGGUCGUAAACGGCCUUUACAUGAUGUUGUAUAUAGGCCAGGUGAAAAUCCUGUUACACAGUCUAUUCGCAGGAAGCGUCUGCCAGCUGUGCUCAACAGGAUAGGUAUUAUCUUGGCCAGUCCGUUGAGUGGUCGUAGAAGAGGGGUACGCGAAUCGGUACGUGGGGAUACGCCAAAGCUUUAUUUUACAAGAGAAAACGAGACAGUUCAGCAUGAAUUUUAUGCAACAUUUUGUGAAAGACCAAAUCAACCAUCAACAUCCAGUAACCGUUGCGAUUGUGCGAAUAAGAAACGUGAACCAGCGCGAACUGGAGAUAUAGUUACAACAUGUACAACUUGUGGACCUUAUGGUGUGACGCCAUCAUCAAUGAAUAACGGAUGUGCCACCGAGGUUCCCGAAGGAUCUAAUGGUGCACAGUCUUGUUUUGUACAGAUACGCAAGAAAGAACCACCGCAUCCGAUACGCGUAGCGAAAACAAUCGAUGUGAUUGCGAGAAUCACAUUCCCUACUGCCUUUGCCGUAUUUCUUAUAUUUUUCUUCGUGCAUUAUAACAAAAAUAACUCCACUUAGAGGCAACCAACAAAAAUUCAUACAACGAUUUUAAAUAUUUAAGUAAA